CGUACGGUUGGGUGCACAGUGCAGUAACGACCAGAGAAGGAAGCGGAGUUUCCGGCUAUUUGCAGCGGAGGGGGAGGAUUGCUGACACUGCGAAUCCCCGAUAAAAAAGCCGCCGGCUCGGGGGCUAGCAAUUCGGCAUCGGAAGUAAUCAUUCUCAUUCAUAUCGGGGGUAGGGUUGGUGAAUUACAAGCCAAGGGUACAGAGAGGAAGACCAGAGUAACAGCAAAAGGCGGGGUGACCCACCAACUACCGGCAUGGCCAGGGACUACGAUUACCUCUUCAAGCUGCUCAUCAUCGGUGACAGUGGUAAGCGAAUACCGGGGAUGUGUGACGGGAAAUGGGCCUUUCCAGGUUUUUACACGAUGAGUCGCAGAAAUGUAGGUCGAGGUUCAUAACGUGAUUUUGGACUCAUUUUUAAGUUGACGUCUUCGUUCGUAUGUGUAGUUUUAAAAGUCUGCAUGCAAUAUUUUCGAGCAAUGGGGAGAGCGGUGACUAGGGCGGAGGUUGUGUAUAGCAGGCUGGGCAUGUCAGCCGAUCAGGCCGGAUAUCGCUCGCUGCACGAUAGCGUUUAGCACUGGGACGAAUUCCACCCAUUCUAAGAAUGUUUGUUAUUUAGCGGGAUACUUUGCUACCUAACUAUUAUGGUAUUCCAAGUAUGUACAUUGUAGCUAAAGGUUUUCCUUAUUUCGUACAGCUAGCCAAGUGUUGUUAGUUUGCUAGUUAUAGGUACACUACUACAGUCGCUAGUAAGCUAACUAUAUAGAUAACAUUAGAAGGUCAGCUAACGUUAGAUACUUACUGGCUCGUGUUUUUAUUUUGUUAUCCCAAUAGCUAGCGGCUCCCUUGAAGUUGUCAACCAACCGUUAUCCUGCUGUGCCAGCUAGCUAGGUGACUUGUCAGUGUAGUAGUAAAAAAAUUAAUAGUUUAAGCAGUAGUUAUGUUUAUGUGAUUGCAUAUUAAAAUGUGAAGUGCAGAGUUGUUUACAAGAACCGUGGCUUGAAUUAUUUGUAGAUGCUCCCUGGCUAGAGCCUAGUUGACAAAUGAGGCAGUAAUUAAACAUUCUUACUAUCAAGAUCCAAUUAAAUGCAGAAGUCCAGAAUAUAAGGUAUAUUAGCUAAGAACAAUAUUACCACAUCAAGUGCUGUUUUUUCCUACCUCAUAUUCAUUAAACAUUUUAAAGACCUUUACAUUCAGGUAAGACCAUAAAUCCACAUCAACAUUGGCAACUCCACAAUCACAAUCCCUUUGUUAGGAAAGAUCUGUUGACACUCCCGGCCCUGGCACUACCCCAUCAGCUAGCUGAUCACAAUAGUGGGCAAGAAAGCAGCCCCCUUACUAACACAGACACACAGGGGCCUGUGUCCCCUCAACUGCAGUCUGGUACCAGUAUUGGCACCGCUGUUAUGAGAUUCAGAGAAAAUGUAAACCAAUACUCAAAUGCAAGUCCUGUCCCCUCCCCUGUCACACUUACACAUGCAAUUGUUGCUGAGAUCGAUCUGACACACACAGGGUUUAGGAGCUUCGAUCAAGGGUCCCUUUCUGCACCUCGUGGUCCCUCUGCAGUUAAUUGGUCAAGGAAAACCAUUAUUUGGACUGACAGAGGUCAAGUUUUGUAUGACAACAACAAAGCAGAAACCAACUGGCACCCAGGCUACUGUGCCUCACCUUUGAUUCCUGGUUUAAAUACAGUAUUGAUGACGUACUGUAUUUUGUGACAUGUGCUUUUGCAUAUCAUUGUCCUAGACACAGUCGUUUUUAUAGGAGAGCAGGGACUAUAUUUUCACCAGCUAGGUACUCCUUCAGACCGGGCUGCACUGAUAAUAGUCCUCCCAGGUACCAGAGUUUCUACAGGUUUACCCUCGAGCCUGAUUAAAAGGUAGCAAAGAUAUGGUGAUGUGGUUGUUAAUGGCCUGACAGAUGAAAGUAUUGUUACCCACAGAAAGAACACUAUAUCUGUUUCUUGUAGCUGUAAAUAAUGUUGUCUGGUGAAAGUGAACAAGAAGACUCAGUGAAUGAUCAGAGGGAUUUGUUUUCUGAUUGGCUUUUAACUCCGGACCAAUCAACCGCUGCCAGGCACGAUCACAUUACCUUCAACUAUCAACUGAUUUGAGCUGUUAGUACCCCUGCCUGGACUCACAGUUCAGCUCUGACGUUUUGGCCAUCUCCUCAUCUGACAGUUGGCUAGCCGCCUGUCCGUGCCUCUUGGGGAAUUUGCUGAAAGUGUUAUCUUAUUACUGAUUGGUGCACAAAUUACAAAGUCAUUUGCAACACAGAAUGUUAUGAACUGUACCGGCAUAAUUUGUAGCAAAGCAUCACCUCUAUUAUUGUGAUCUUAAACCUACUAAAGGUUAUGCAGAGUUCAGCUGUCACUGUCUUUUAUACAUAGGCUAGAUAGCAUGUAUUUGUCUGAGUGCAUGCUGUCAAGGCCUGGCUGACUGACUGUGCUAAUAUACACUACAUUUUUAUUUUUUUAUUUCACCUUUAUUUAACCAGGUAAGCCAGUUGAGAACAGGUUCUCAUUUACAACUGCGACCUGGCCAAGAUAAAGCAAAGUAGUGCAAUAAAAACAACACAGAGUUACAUAUGGGGUAAAAAAAACAUAAAGUCAGAAAUACAACAGAAAAUAUAUAUACAGUGUGUGCAAAUGUAGCAAGUUAUGGAGGUAAGGCAAUAAAUAGGCUAUAGUGCAGAAUAAUUACGAUAGUAUUAACACUGGAAUGCUAGAUGUGCAAGAGAUGAUGUGCAAAUAGAGAUACUGGGGUGCAAAAGAGCAAAAUAAAUAACAAUAUAGGGAUGAGGUAGUUGGGUGGGCUAAUUUCAGAUGGGCUGUGUACAGGUGCAGUGAUCGGUAAGAUGCUCUGACAACUGAUGCUUAAAGUUAGUGAGGGAGAUAAGAGUCUCCAGCUUCAGAGAUUUUUGCAAUUCGUUCCAGUCAUUGCCAGCAGAGAACUGGAAGGAAUGGCGGCCAAAGGAGGUGUUGGCUUUGGGAAUGACCAGUGAGAUAUACCUGCUGGAGCGCAGACUACAGGUGGGUGCUGCUAUGGUGACCAAUGAGCUAAGAUAAGGCGGGGAUUUGCCUAGCAGUGAUUUAUAGAUGGCCUGGAGCCAGUGGGUUUGACGACGAACAUGUAGUGAGGACCAGCCAACAAGAGCGUACAGGUCACAGUGGUGGGUAGUGUAUGGGGCUUUGGAGACAAAACGGAUGGCACUGUGAUAGACUACAUCCAAUUUGCUGAGUAGAGUGUUGGAGGCUAUUUUGUAAAUGACAUCGCCGAAGUCAAGGAUCGGUAGGAUAGUCAGUUUUACGAGGGCAUGUUUGGCAGCAUGAGUGAAGGAGGCUUUGUUGCGAAAUAGGAAGCCGAUUCUAGAUUUAACUUUGGAUUGGAGAUUCUUUAUGUGAGUCUGGAAGUUGAGUUUACAGUCUAACCAGACACCUAGAUAUUUGUAGUUGUCCACAUACUCUAGGUCAGACCCGUCGAGAGUGGUGAUUCUAGUCGGGUGGGCGGGUGCUAGCAGCGUUCGAUUGAAAAGCAUGCAUUUAGUUUUACUAGUGUUUAAGAGCAGUUGAAGGCUACUGAAGGAUUGUUGUAUGGCAUUGAAGCUCGUUUGGAGGUUUGUUAACACAGUGUCCAAUGAAGGGCCAGAUGUAUACAAAAUGGUGUCGUCUGCGUAGAGGUGGAUCUGAGAGUCACCAGCAGCAAGAGCGACAUCAUUGAUAUACACGGAGAAAAGUGUCUGCCCAAGAAUUGAACCCUGUGGCACCCCCAUAGAGACUGCCAUAGGUCCAGACAACAGGCCCUCCGAUUUGACACACUGAACUCUAUCUGAGAAGUAGUUGGUGAACCAGGCGAGGCAGUCAUUUGAGAAACCAAGGCUAUUUAGUCUGCCAAUAAGAAUGCGGUGGUUGACAGAGUCGAAAGCCUUGGCCAGGUCGAUGAAGACGGCUGCACAGUACUGUCUAUUAUCAAUCGUGGUUAUAAUAUCGUUUAGGACCUUGAGCGUGGCUGAAGUGCACCCGUGACCAGCUCGGAAACCGGAUUGCAUAGCGGAGAAGGUACGGUGGUAUUCGAAAUGGUCGAUGAUCUGUUUGUUAACUUGGCUUUCGAAUACUUUCGAAAGGCAGGGCAGGAUGGAUAUAGGUCUGUAGCAGUUUGGAUCUAGAGUGUCACCCCCUUUGAAGAGGGGGAUGACCGCGGCAGCUUUCCAAUCUCUGGGGAUCUCAGACUUUAUGAAAGAGAGGUUGAACAGACUAGUAAUAGUAAUAAUAUAUAAUAAUAAUAAUAAUAAUAAUAAUAAUAAUAAUAAUAAUAAUAAUAAUAAUAAUAAUAAAUAGGGGUUGCGACAAUUUCGGCGGCUAGUUUUAGAAAGAAAGGGUCCAGAUUGUCUAGCCCAGCUGAUUUGUAGGGGUCCAGAUUUUGCAGCGCUUUCAAAACAUCAGCUGUCUGAAUUUGUGUGAAGGAGAAGCGGGGGGGGCAUGGGCAAGUUGCAGCAGAGGGUGCAGAGUUGGUGGCCGGGUUAGUGGUAGCCAGAUGGAAAGCAUGGCCAGCUGUAGCAAAAUGCUUGUUGAAAUUCUCGAUUAUUGUAGAUUUAUCGGUGGUGAUAGUGUUUCCUAGCCUCAGUGCAGUGGGCAGCUGGGAGGAAGUGCUCUUAUUCUCCAUGGACUUUACAUGACCAAAAGUAUGUGGACACCUGCUUGUCGAACAUCUCAUUCAAAAAUCAUGGGCAUUAAUAUGGCGUUGGUCACCCCUUUGCUGCUAUAACAUCCUCCACUCUUCUGGGAAGGCUUUCCACUAGAUGUUGGAACAUUGCUGCGGGGACUUGCUUCCAUUCAGCCACAAGCAUUAGUGAGGUCGGGCACUGAUGUUGGGCGAUUAGGCCUGGCUCGCAGUCGGUGUUCCAAUUCAUCCCAAAGGUGUUUGAUGGGGUUGAGGUCAGGGCUCUGAGCAGGCCAGUCAAGUUCUUCCACACCGAUCUCGAUAAACCAUUUCUGUAUGGACCUCACUUUGUGCACGGGGGAAUUGUCAUGCUGAAACAGGAAAGGGCCUUCCCCAAACUGUUGCCACAAAGUUGGAAGGACCGAAUUGUCUAGUAUGUCAUUGUAUGCUGUAGCGUUAAGAUUUCCCUUCACUGGAACUAAGGGGACUAGCCCGAACCAUGAAAAACAGCCCCACACCAUUAUUCCUCAUCCACCAAACUUUACAGUUGGCACUAUGCACUCAGGCAGGUAGCGUUCUCCUGGCAUCCGCCAAACACCGAUUUGUCCGUCGGACUACCAGAUAGUGAAGCGUGAUUCAUCACUCCAGAGUCCAAUGGCGGCAAGCUUUACACCACUCCAGCCGAUGCUUGGCAUUGCGCAUGGUGAUCUUAGGCUUGUGUGCGGCUGCUCGGCCAUGGAAACCCAUUUCAUGAAGCUCGCAACGAACAGUUAUUGUGCUGAUGUUGCUUCCAGGGGCAGUUUGGAACUCGGUAGUGAGUGUUGUAACCUGAGGACAGGCGAUUUUUACGCGCAGCGCUCGCCGGUCCCGUUCUGUGAGCUUGUGUGGCCUACCACUUCACGGCUGAGCCGUUGUUGCUCCUAGACUUUUCCACUUCACAAUAACCGCACUUACAGUUGACCGGGGCAGCUCUAGCAGGGCAGAAAUUUGACGAACUGACUUGUUGGAAAGGUGGCAUCCUAUGACGGUGCCACGUUGAAAGUCACUGAGCUCUUCAGUAAGGCCAUUCUACUGCCAAUGUUUGUCUAUGGAGAUUGCAUGGCUGUGUGCUCGACUUUUAUACACCUGUCAGCAACGGGUGUAGCUGAAAUAGCCGAAUCCACUAAUUUGAAGGGAUGUCCACAUACUUUUGUGUAUAUAUAGUGUACCUAUACCACAGAGGUCAGGAGACUCACCAGCCUAUUUUAAGGUGGUUAUGAUCCUCUGUUAUUCCUCCUGGCUCUUUCAUGGUUAGAGAAAAACAGACCUGUGGAAAUCUGAUGACUCCUUGGUGGCAAGCAUAUGUCUACAAAACAUAACGCGAAGUCAGAUAAACCUACAUCUUCCUUCAAAUUAGCUUACUCAUUGAAACCUGUGUAGCCUAAAUGUCAUAAUUAAAGGGUGGUAAGAAAUCAAAUCUCCUGAGUUGUAAGCCUUUUUAAUCUGACUCUCAACCUGUCAUUUUCUCUUCAUUUCAGGAGUGGGGAAGAGCAGUCUCCUUCUGCGGUUUGCAGACAACACAUUUUCAGGUAAGAGUAAAUAUUACUCCUAACCCCCCUAGCAGGUUAUGAGUUGUUUGUUCUAAUUUAGUUGAACAACUGUCCAACCCAUACUACGUACAGUGAGUAUUUGCCUUGCAAAAUCAGACACUGGGUCUCAUAACUAGUUGUUUUUUUGUGUUUCCAGGUAGCUACAUCACCACGAUUGGAGUGGACUUCAAGAUCCGGACAGUGGAGAUCAAUGGGGAGAAGGUGAAGCUGCAGAUCUGGGAUACGGCAGGACAGGAGCGCUUCCGCACCAUCACCUCCACGUAUGUACAGGCAGGGGCGACUAACACACACACUAACACACACACGCACACUAACACAUGGAGAGCUGCAGCAUUUUUUAUGAGGCCAACUUUGACGAUAGUUCUGAAAGACUAGAAUAGCUUCCAUGCUCUUUUUGGAAACUGAUGGAAUUUCCCACAGACAAAUUUUAGUAAGAGGUGGUUUUUAGUCACAGAAUUAUAGGACGGUAAAGGUUGGAGCUCUCUGACUUGGGUGUCAUCCCCAUGGAUUUGCUUGACCUUGUUUCAAGUGAAGAAUUUGUGCCAAUGGGAUUUCUUUUUGACAUUUUCUUGUCCUUGCCCCCAUUGUCCGCAUGUUUUCCUUUUCUGUCCGUUGUGUAUCUCGGCUCCAUGUUUGACAGAUAAUUACUUAUGUGCAGUGUGGAGCCUGGGUUUCCAGGUAUAGAGUGGAAGACAUUCCUCUCUGAAUUCAUCUUAUUAUUUUUUGUUUAUUUUUACUAUUACAUUUACAUUUUACAUUUUAGUCAUUUAGCAGACGCUCUUAUCCAGAGCGACUUACAGUUAGUGCAUACAUUAUUAUUUUUCAUACCCCCUGUGGGAAUCGAACCCACAACCCUGGUGUUGCAAACGCCAUGCUCUACCAACUGAGCUACAUCCCUGCUACCCCAUGUAUUUUCUCUCAAGCAAGGGCUUCCUAAUCUGCACUGGAUGAGAGAGUGUGCCCUGCCUUUCUCCUCUCUGUCAUGAUAAAUAUGUGUAGUAAUGAGCAGUUAGUGUUCCUGAACAAAAAUGCAGUCACUCAGGAGGGUGGACUAAAGGUCUGUGAGCUAGUGAGCAUUACCUAACAACCGUCUGACUCUCACUGCUCUGUUUGACAUGGAUAGGACAGCGUAUAAAAAAUACAUUCACCCCUUUGGACUUUGACAAGGACUGUACAGUACUUUGACACUGUUUGGCUUUGAUGACCUGCGACUAUGACAGAGUGGAGAUAGUAAAAACCUUGGUGCUUUGGCCAUUCACUCAAUUUACAAUAAUGACAGUGAGGAACUAACAAAGGUGUUGAGAAAGAGAGGCAUUUGAACUUGUGUAUUUUUCCGCAAAGCCCCCUGGGAAAUUUGUCAAUUUACACUCAGAAACAGAGCUGCUGGUUUUCCUGUGGGAAUACCUCUACAAGUCUCCAGCAUGGAGUCAGUGUGUGUGUGCUGCUGAACUGAGGGAACCUGGCUGGCUGUGUGAGGAGGGAGGUGGAGAGUGCUGCUGCUGGGUUGUUUUCGCUGUUUGUUAAUUGUGGAGAAGUAGAGUGGCAUGGUGCCUCAUUAGGUCUAAGUGAAUAUCAGGAUAGAGAUGGCUCACAGAGCCCUGUGUGCUGUAGUGGGAAACCCCAUCUCCGUAAGGUAAAUGGUCAACCCAGCCAGGGUGUGUUUUGCCAUAUGUCCUUCUGUCAUGCAGUCACAGUCCAGUAGCUGCCAUAUGUCUGUCUGUGUGUCUUUGUAGUGGACAGCAGCCUGUGUGUUGUGUUGUGCGUGUACUGUUUAGGUGAUGUGUGUUGGGAGGGACUGGGAGUCUGGCUCCAGCGCCUGCUGUGUGUUUGUGGUUCUCCAUUAAUCUGUGCAGAACACCCCCGCUGACUGGUCCAUUACUGCUGGGCUGAGUGAGACAGACAACACUUCUGUCAGGCCAAUACAAUGACACACACACACACACACACACACCCCUUUGAAAGGCCUAUUGUGCUUUUCGUGUGUAUGGUGCAGUCAGAUUGGGGAUGCAACCUCAUUCUGGGUCCUAGUCAAACUUAUUCAGACUUUUUUUUUUCAUGAAUACUGUGGAUGUCCUCUACUUCCAGCUCUGUAUAGCCUAUAUACAGGUAACUGCCAAAAUAAAGGAAACACCAACAUAAAGUAUCUUAAUAGGACGUUGGGCCACCAACAGCCGCCAGAACAUCUUCAGUGCGUCUUGGCAUAGAAUUUACAAGUGUCUGGAAAUCUAUUGGAGGGAUGUGACACCAUUCUCCCACGAGAAAUUCCAUCAUUUGGUGUUUUGUUGUUUAUGGUGGUGAAAAACGCUGUCUCAGGCACCGCUCCAGAAUCUCCCAUAAGUGUUCAGUUGGGUUGAGAUCUGGUGACUGAGACACACACACACCCUUUAAACCCCCUACGCUCCUUUGAGACCCUUCUUUCAAAGUCACUGAGAUCUCUUCUUCUAGCCAUGGUAGCCAAAAUAAUGGGCAACUGGGCAUUUUUAUACAUGACUCUAAGCACGAUGUGAUGUUAUUUGAUUAAUUAACGCAGGAACCAUACCUGUGUUGAAGCACCUGCUUUCAAUAUACUUUGUAUCCCUCAUUUACUCAAGUGUUUCCUUUAUUUUGGCAGUUACCUGUACAUCAGUCUUUGUCAUAAUCCUCUGGACUCUAGUCUUCAAAGGAAAACUGUGAUGAGCAUUAUCCCUGGCUUCCUGCUGACCGUUGCCCCUCCCUGCCUCAGAGACACUCCUUCCUGCUGACCGUUGCCCCUCCCUGCCUCAGAGACACUCCUUCCUGCUGACCGUUGCCCCUCCCUGCCUUAGACACUCCUUCCUGCUGACCGUUGCCCCUCCCUACCUCAGAGAUACUCCUUCCUGCUGACCGUUGCCCCUCCCUACCUCAGAGAUACUCCUUCCUGCUGACCGUUGCCCCUUCCUGCCUCAGACACUCCUUCCUGCUGACCGUUGCCCCUUCCUGCCUCAGACACUCCUUCCUGCUGACCGUUGCCCCUCCCUGCCUCAGACACUCCUUCCUGCUGACCGUUGCCCCUCCCUACCUCAGAGAUACUCCUUCCUGCUGACCGUUGCCCCUCCCUGCCUCAGAGACACUCCUUCCUGUUCUCAUCCUUUCAGGAACACUACAAUUAAUAUGGAUUAUUGAACUCUGAGCGGCAUGUGGAGUUGGUGUAUGUUAUACUCUUUCAGUUAAUUUUGCCUGUUUAUAGGAAUGACAAAAGGAAAUAAAUGAUUGUUUAUAUUGUGCCAUUUAUUGGAAAUGGUCUAAGUCUAUGGGAUCAUAAAGAAGUAUUUCUACUUGCUGUGAGCAUGGGCAGUCCUUUGCUCAUUUGUCUUCAAUCGUACUCUUUGCUUUGUUAACACCAGUUAAUUGAAAUCUCCAAUGUGUGUUUGUGUAAUAGUGUGACUCUGUUCUCUCCAAGUUGGGCUCCCCCUAUUGGACUUGAGAUCAACAUGCUGACUGCUCUCUCUUUCUGUCUCUGUCUCCAGAUACUACAGGGGAACGCAUGGGGUCAUAGUGGUAUAUGAUGUCACGAGUGCCGAGUCCUUUGUCAAUGUGAAACGAUGGCUUCAUGAAAUCAACCAGAACUGUGAUGACGUAUGUCGAAUAUUAGGUGAGUCCAGUCCACCUGUUGCAGCAGGGACCCUUGCUUAGGGCCGUAUGAAAUCCUUGAUGCACCAAUCUAGACAUUAAAAUGGAAUUCAAUUAAAACAUUUGUUGAACUUAAUAGAACAUUUAUUGAACUAAUUAGAAAAGUAGUUCAUUUGCACAAGUUUCUCAUAAGACAUUAAAAGAAUGAAGAAGCAACAACUCCCGAGUGGCGCAGGGGUCUAAGGCACUGCGAUGCAGUGAUAGCUGUGCCACUAGAGAUCCUGGUUCGAAUCCAGGCUCUGUCGUAGCCGGCCGUGACCGGGAGACCCAUGGGGCGGCGCACCAUUGGACGCCAGGGUUGUGGGUUCGAUUCCCACGGGGGGCCAGUAUGAAAAAUAAAAUAAUGUAUGCACUCACUAACUGUAAGUCGCUCUGGAUAAGAGCGUCUGCUAAAUGACUGAAAAUGUAAAAUGUAAUUGGAAUGCCCCUGUCUGUGUGCUGCAAAAAAAAAAUGGUGUAAUUUUGAGAGUGAAAAACUUAAAAUAAUCUGAAACCAGGAAAAACUAAACUGAAGAAUCUGGAAAGAAAAUGCAACAGAUUUUAACGGUUCCUACAUGCAUUUGAGCGGAAAGAUCAAAAGGUCUUCCUUUUCCUAUUGUCCCUCAGUGGGAAACAAGAAUGAUGACCCCAACUCAAAGGUGGUGGAGACGACUGACGCACAGAAGUUUGCAGAGCAGAUGAGCAUCAACCUCUUUGAGACGAGUGCAAAAGAGAACAUAAAUGUUGAAGAGGUAAGUCAUUGGUCAGGGGCCCUCUAAUAUUAGUAAUGGGAAGUUGAGGGUAUACCUCUCCCUCAUCCAAAACAAGGUAGUUGAUUGUUUACCAUAUUGUGUUUUGUGAAUUCCCCACAGAUGUUUAACUGUAGUUGAUGGUGUUCACCAUGUUGUUUUUGUGGUUUGCCCACAGAUGUUUAACUGCAUCACAGAGCUAGUGCUGAGAGCCAAGAAGGAGGUGAUGGCCAAGCAGCAGCAGCAGCAGAAACAGAAUGACGUGGUCAAACUCACCAAGAACAGUAAACGAAAGAAAAAGUGCUGCUAGCGAACUCAAACCCACUCACAAAGUCCAGCAGCGUCUGUUCCAGAGAACACACACAGGAUGGGACUCCAAGCAUCUAAAUUAAGACGAGAUAGAUUUAAUAAAUAUACGAUGAAAAAAAAGUCCCCUUUGGACAAACAAAUCAUGAAGACUUAAAAAAAUACAUGUACAGAUUUUAUUAGAAGUCAGAAGUUUUAUUUGGAAUUCAGCAGAUGAGCACUAUUUAACAGUGAUCCUCCUUUCUUGAAGGAUCUGCAAGCAGACAAGUGAUGGCCAUAAUGCUCAGAUUUCUAUAUGCCUAUACAAAUAUUCUUACAUCGGUAUCUAUUUUGUCCUUGUCAUUACACUUCACACGGGAUAUUAUGAGUCAAGUGAAACUCUGCACCUGAAGUGGAGGACUCACUUUUUUGGAUGAUUUUUAGUUUUGGGGGAGGGGGUUCACAACCUUUGUACAUUUUUAUUUUGACAUUUCAGACACCUGUAUGGCUCAUCCCAACCCAUUAUAAACUUCUAGUUUGUUUUUGGACUUGAUGGGGAAAAAAUCAUGAGGAUGAUGAUUGAUAGGCAACCAUUAGCAGCGAAUCUAAAGGACAGAACUGGUGACUUCUAUCUUAUCUUUGGUUAUCUUUUUUUGCCAAGCUUUUUCUCCUCUUCCCUUUAAUCUCCAGCCAACGAUCGGUUUUUAGAGCGAUGUUCAGAGCAGUGAACCACUCCCAUGGCCCUGGCUGGGAGACAAUGCUCUGCCAUCACCACUCACUGCAGUCUUAUUGUGCGCUAAGUUUGCUUUUAAAAGAAAAAAAAUCGUCCACUUUUUUAAAACAAUGAUACUGCCAAUAUGAUGUGAAUGAAAGAGUUAGAAGCUCUGUGUCUCCCCCUAUUGGACUGUUGCCAUAGAAGCCCAAUGGGUGUAGUAGUUUGGGGUUAGGGUCUGUAGGGGCCCGGGUAGCCCUCAGGGAGAGAGCCCAGGAACCACUCUCUCUAACCACACUCCGGCCUCUCUACUCCCAUGCACCAAACACCUCAUAUCAACACCUCUCACAGCUAUGGAUUCAACCCCGUUAGCUGCAGUCAGUUGUGGGGCAUUUUAAUUAUAACAUCUUUAUCAGUGCAGGGUGCAUUUGGUUUGUGCCAGGAGGAAAUGGGAGGUUUAUUGUAGUUGGUGCAGUGACCCUGAUCCAUAGCAGACUGUGGUUAGCCUUGUGUGUGUGUGUGUGUAUGUUCAGCACGUAACACUGUUUGAAGGGGUAUGUAUAAGGUAUCUGAUAUGCAUUUUAGUAUUCAUAAACUAUCAAGGAGCUUGCAAAAUGUUCUGAACUGUUAACACGUGUAUGCCUGGUGGUGUCGUCAUGUUUUUAUCUAGGACUUGUCACUAUCUGGUUACCUGUUUAACUGAAGUCUUACUAUCCAGUGUUCUGCUUGACUGUGAGUGUGUGGCAGGCUGGCAGUGAGAGACAGGUUCCUCCCUGAGGGUCUGCUAUGGGGGAGCAUUAGUGAUGGAGAAAUAGGAACCUUGACCUCAGCACUUUCCUACACACAUCGGGGCCCUGAAUACCUCUCCCUCUGCUUGAGGGUAACUGGUGUAGGCUGAGGUGGCCAUGAUGUGGGUUUGGGAAAUCUCUAUGUGACCGUAACCAGACAACCAUUGAGGUGGGAAACAUGACAGUGCCACAACCUGAGCUCAGGGUGAUGCAAGCCAAGCAGUGGAGAAAGGGUAUCAAAUUCCAGACUGUAUGAUUUCUAUUCAUUAUGUGUAUGUAUGUGUAUAUAAAUAUAGUUGUGUGUUUAUAUUCAAUAUAUAGAACAUACACACAUUCGCACACAUAAUUGUGCAUGCAUUGACAUGCAUUGUGUGCUAUGGUUGAAACACACUUAUCAGCUGUGGUUUGCUGUACACUGGAGAAAAGAGAUGUACUAUUCCGUUCCCCUACAUGAAUUUAAUCAAUAAACGUUUUAAAAGAAUAAAUAUUUGACAA